AAAAAAAUAGAGUAGCAAAAUGGGCAAGUCUAUUUUUUUUAACCUUGUAUUGAGCUUCCUCUUUCUCUGUUGUUAUUUCUCUCUAACCCCUGCCCAAAAUGCAAUUCAAUUGCCAUUAAAGGCUGUAAAUCUAGGAAAUUGGCUUGUUAUAGAGGGGUGGAUGAAACGUUCUCUCUUUGAUGACAUACCCAACAAAGAUCUUUUGGAUGGAACUCAAGUGCAAUUUAAGUCUACAAAGCUGCAAAAGUAUCUCUGCUCAGAAAAUGGGGGAGGAACCACUGUUGUUGCUAACCGAGACUCUGCUUCUGGUUGGGAAACAUUUCGUCUGUGGAGAAACGACGAGUCGUCUUUCAAUUUCAGAGUGUUUAACAAGCAGUUUAUGGGAUUGGAGAAUCAAGGCCAAGGAAACACACUUGUAGCAGUCUCAAACGACCCCGGUCAUUCUGAAACUUUUCAGCUUAUAAGGAAUGAAGGUGAUCCUAAUCGAGUGCGCAUAAGAACAUCCAAUGGUUUAUUCCUCCAGGCACAACCAGAUAGCCCGGUGACAGCAGAUUAUGAAGGGUCAAGCUGGGAUGACAGUGAUCCAUCAGUUUUUGAGAUGACAAUCGUAUCUGGGAUCCAAGGUGAAUACCAAAUAUCAAAUGGGUAUGGCCCAGAAAGAGCUUCUCAAGUAUUACAGGAUCAUAGGAGUACAUACAUCACGGAAGAUGAUUUUAGAUUCAUGUCAUCCAACGGUUUAAAUGCUGUGAGGGUUCCAGUUGGAUGGUGGAUAGCCCAUGAUCCAACACCACCACAACCCUUUGUUGGUGGCUCAUUGAAAGCUUUGGAUAACGCUUUUCAAUGGGCACAGAAUUAUGGGAUGAAAGUCAUCAUUGAUCUUCAUGCAGUGCAAGGCUCACAAAAUGGAAACGAACACAGCGGAACUAGAGAUGGAUUUCAAGAAUGGGGAGAUGCCUACAUACAAGACACAGCUUCAGUCAUAGACUUUUUAGCAGCAAGAUAUGCUGAUAAUCCGAAUCUAGCAGCAAUCGGGUUGAUGAACGAGCCAAUGUCACCGGGUGUGACACUGGACACCCUGAUUAGAUAUUACCAAUUAGGAUACAACGCAGUGCGAAAGCACACACCGAGUGCGUACGUGAUUUUGUCAAAUCGUUUGGGACCCGCCGACUCAAAGGAGCUGCUAUCGUUUGCUGGAGGCCUUAGCAAUGUAGCGAUCGAUGUACAUUACUACAACCUAUAUUCUGACUCAUUUAGAACCAUGAAUGUUCAACAAAACAUCGAUUUCGUCUACAACCAAAGGUCUUCUGAUCUCCGCGCUGUCACUACCACCAAUGGCCCGCUUUCUUUUGUUGGGGAAUGGUGUGGUGAAUUUGCAAUGCAAGGAGCGUCAAAGGAAGACUACCAAAGAUUUGGGAAAGCUCAACUAGAUGUAUAUGGACGUGCCACCUUCGGAUGGGCUUAUUGGGCUUACAAGUGUGAUUCUAACUAUUGGAGUCUCAAGUGGAUGAUCGAGAAUAACUAUAUAAAGCUGUAGAGAUAAAUGUGAUUUAUAGUUUAUUAUAUCUCUUAUAAUGUAUGGUUAGACUAUGAAUAAUACUUGAAAUCUGGUGUAGGCUUAAGCCCGAAUUCUGAUCUAACCGUAUCUGCAAUCUAAGGAUUUUACUAUUAUUAUAGUUGUCAA